CGGGCUGCAUCAGCUGUCACGAUGAUAGGCCAAGGCGGCCGAUUGUCGACGUGUCAAACGUGCCAAACGGCUUGAAAGUUGAAAGAAUCACAACGAUGAUAAUAUAUAUAACAACGAAUCUGAAAUCCUUGCCGUGAUCCGAUGGCACACGACAGCGAGUAUGCAGCUGUCAGUACCGUUUUUGCUUCUACCGGAGUAAACGACGGUAAAACGAUCGCGUUUGUAUUACAAGUUGAGCGUCGAGCGUAAAAAGACGAGCAUUGUCCAAAAAAUGUGUUACCGUAGUAGUCCAAGUAUACAAGUUCCCGAUGUCCGCGAUACGUUUAGCUCAUAUGUGCUAUCUGUGCUACUUGGGGGUAACGAGUCAUCACUGUAGCUCGUCGUUGGCUGAACAUGCUCGAGAGCGAUCUCAAUACAUUCAAUUAUCCCGAGUCUUUAUCAUUUGUGAUAACGAAUCUUUUUAACCAGACGUGUGAUAUGACUUGAUUAUCAUCGAUUCGUUCCAGGCCACGAAUGGGGAAAUCGUGGACUGCGGAAGCAUGCAUAUGGAUCAUAAAGAGAAUCGAUAUGCUUGAGUAUUCUUCUAAUCUUUAAAUAAUAUCUGAGCUUGUGCAGAAAUUUACGAAAAUACAAAUUGAAUGAAUAAAAGAAUUGAUAGCACUAUUCUCCCGUCGAUAAGCUUGCUAAACGAAUACCAAGUGAGAGAGAAAGAGAGAGAAAUAGAAAGAGACAACACAUUACGUAAUAACUUUGAAAGGGAGGGAGAGACUACUCUACUACAAUGGAUAUUGGCGUUGUCAAAAUUGCAGAAGAUAAAGACUUUGAGAAAUUGAAGCAGCUUUACGAUAAUAAUAAUGACUGGAAAUUAGAUUACAAUAAACCUGAUCUAUCUGUUUGGACAAAAUCCGUCCCAGGAAUUAGUUUUAGAAUGGUGAAAAUUAGAACGCGCUUUUCCGAUGUUUCGCCUGAAACAUUGUACGACGUUUUACAUGAUCCUGAAUAUAGAAAAGUUUGGGAUACUCAUAUGAUUGAAUCGAAAGAUAUAGGAUUUUUUAAUCCAAACAAUGAUAUUGGAUAUUAUUCCAUGACAUGUCCAUCUCCAUUAAAAAAUAGAGACUUUGUCCUACAACGAUCUUGGUUAGAUACUGGUGUAGAGCAGUUAAUAUUGAAUCAUUCCGUUUAUCACAAAGAUUAUCCACCUAGGAAACACUUUGUACGAGCAACAUCUUACCUCACAGGCUAUAUUGUAAGGCCUUCGCGCAAUGGAGACGGGUCCGAAUUGGGUUAUGUAUCGCACACAGACCCGCAUGGCAAAUUACCUGUAUGGCUUGUUAAUAAAGUUACACAAAUAUUUGCUCCUAAAAUGGUAAAAAGAUUGCACAAAGCCUCUGUGGGUUAUCCAAGUUGGAAGUUACUUAAUAAUCCAAAUUAUAAACCUUGGCAUUAUCCUGAACAAAUAAUGGCACCUAGAAUACGUAUCGAAGAAUGUGUAAAAUCUGUAGAAGAGAAGAAUUCAAAAUAUAAUUAUGUAGACGAAUCUGACAUAAAGGAAAGUUUGGUUAAAGAAUCUGUCGCAAUGGAUAGCGAUUAAUUCGUAGGGAUAGAAUAGAGAAACGUAAAGAUUUUUAGCAUUGAAGAAUUUGAUGUAACGAGUAGUUGGUAAGAAAUUUUCAAAUUUUUUCCUGAAAAUCGGAAGGUUCGAUUAGUAUUUCCAUUUCAAACUGACACUUGAUAAACGCACAUUGCUGAAAAAGGCAAGUUUCUUAAAAAAGAGGCACAUUUUUGUCGAAAUACCACUAAAUUAUGAUUAUAAUUUUAAUGUAAAACGAAUAAGUAGGUUAAUAUUGACAACAAAGUCAUAUAUAUACAUAACGACUUGACUGAUUCUCUUUGUCAUUUUAAAUUUUUAAAUGAAUUUUAUUCGCAAUGUUCUCCACCUCUUGGCAAGUAUUUCAAUAAUUGCAUACAAAUAUAAGUGCGUGAGAGAUGUAAAUUGUAAAUAACAUUACAUUUCUCUUGCAGUCUCCUACUUACAUAUAUAUAUAAAGGAGAUUCUCUUACAAGACUUGCAUCAAACUUGAACAGCGUACUGAAAGAGCAAAAAAAAAGAAUUUUGUGCGAAAGUUUGCAAAAUAAAAAACUCAGAUAAAUCAUAAUAUAAAUCAGAUUUGAAAGAUACAAAUAGGAGAGAAACUAUUGUAAACUAGGUAUACGCUUGUCAAGUUUGAAACAAACAACUUUAUGAAAUAUUUUAUAUAGUAUAUACAUUUCAUGACGUAAAUGAAUAUAUAUACAGGGUGUUCAUUAAUGAUUGUACGCAUUUUUUGUCAUAGGAGCAAUAUUUACCGACGGAUAUGUAUUUCUAGCAUAUUAUUAUAUUAGAAAUAAUGAAUGCGUGCUCCUAUGGUAAAACAUGGGGAUAAUCAUUAAUGAACAUCCUGUGUAUAUAUAUACAGGGUGAUUAUUAAUGACUAUUUCCAUGUUUUACCACAGGAGCAUGAUUUACCGACGGAUACGUAUUUCUAACAUAUUAUAUUAGAAAUUACAAAUGCGUGCUCCUAUGGUAAAAAGUGGGAACAGUCAUUAAUAAUCAUCCUGUAUAUAUAUAUAUCAAUAGAUUAACCAAUCAAUAACGAGACGGCCUAGAAAUUUGGAUAUUUUAUCGAUGGCCUAUGAACUUGAUACGUUAAAUUUUAAUUUUACAUUUUUUUCUGGUCUGUGAAAAAUAUAAAAUAAUGCAAUACAAGUUUAUAGAGCGUUUUAUCUAUUACUUUGUAAAAUUCACAAUAAAAUGUUUUCAAACCA